AGAGAAAGAGGAGAGAGCGAUCGCUCGAUUCUUCCAGAGCGGCAGAGCUCCAUCGCAAUGGCGUCCCUUCUUCCUCUUGGAUCUCCUCCUCCUCCUCCUCCUCCAGCUCCUCGUCGCCUCGCCGCCUUGAUCCUCGCGGCGAUUCUCGUGGCGAUGCUUCUCCUCACAAUGCUCGUCUCGAUCGGCGACGCCGAUUCGCGGCUAUCGGAGGCGGUCCCAGCAGCAGCAGCAGCGAAGCAGCGCGCGGUGGCGAUGGCGGUGGGAGGGCGCAAAUGGGGCGGCAGCGAUCCCUGCGCGGACAAGUUUGGCGUCUUGGAGCGCGCGAUCCCGUCCGGCCCCGAUCCGAUGCACCACCGCCGCAUCAGGCUCCACAACUAGAGCAGCGAUCGAGCG